GUCAAAAUUCUCGUCUUCUUUCACUGCUUCUAGUGUCUAAUUCUUCAAACUCUUCCUCGAUUCAUACUCAUAGCUCUCGUUAGCAGAUUUUCUCAUGAUCUUCUUCCAUCGCUCUGUAUUCUAAUCCAGAUUCGUUUGCUCUCAUCUCUAUUUCAUUCAAUUUCACUCAUCCAGAUUCGAACACUACCUCUAUCUCUCUACUCAUCAAUCACUUCAAAGGUAUUGUUCUGCUUCUUCAAACAAGUAAGAGUGACUUGAGAGUCUGAUGAUUCCUUGGGGUGGAGUUACUUGCUGCCUCAGCGCCGCCGCUCUUUAUCUUCUCGGCCGGAGUAGUGGCAGGGAUGCUGAAGUACUGAAAACUGUCACUAGGGUUAAUCAGCUCAAGGAAUUAGCUCAAUUGCUGGAAUUAGAUAGCAAGAUUCUGCCUUUCAUUGUUGCGGUAUCAGGAAGAGUCGGCUCUGAGACACCUAUCAAAUGCGAGCAUAGUGGCAUUCGCGGUGUUAUUGUUGAAGAAACGGCGGAACAACAUUUUCUGAAACAUAAUGAGACGGGUUCGUGGGUACAAGAUAGUGCAUUGAUGUUAUCAAUGAGCAAAGAGGUUCCUUGGUUUUUGGACGAUGGGACAAGUCGUGUCCAUGUAAUGGGAGCUCGUGGUGCAACGGGUUUUGCCUUGACUGUUGGAAGUGAAGUAUUUGAAGAGUCAGGACGCUCGCUUGUACGAGGAACACUUGAUUAUCUUCAAGGACUUAAGAUGCUUGGAGUUAAGCGGAUUGAGCGUGUUCUUCCAACUGGAAUACCACUAACAAUUGUUGGUGAGGCUGUCAAGGACGAUAUUGGCGAAUUCAGGAUUCAAAAACCUGACAGGGGGCCUUUCUACGUCUCACCUAAAUCACUCGAUCAACUCAUUUCUAAUUUGGGAAAAUGGUCAAGGUGGUACAAAUAUGCCUCUAUGGGUUUUACUGUUUUUGGUGUGUUCCUAAUUACGAAGCAUGUCAUUGAUUCUGUUCUAGAGAGAAGACGUCGGAGACAGUUACAAAAAAGAGUGCUUGAUGCAGCAGCAAAGAGAGCUGAGCUAGAGAGUGAAGGUUCAAACGGGGCACGUGAGAGCAUUGCAGAUUCUACCAAGAAAGAAGACGCUGUUCCUGAUCUCUGUGUGAUAUGCCUAGAGCAGGAGUACAACGCUGUGUUUGUUCCGUGUGGUCAUAUGUGCUGCUGCACUGCAUGCUCCUCCCACUUGACCAGCUGUCCACUUUGUCGGAGACGAAUAGAUCUGGCGGUUAAGACAUAUCGUCACUGAACAACAACUCAGGCCUCAGAAACAUUCUCUACUCGAGUCUUGUCUGUAAAUACCGCAAGAUGAAAACAUUACAGUUUAGGCGUUCAAUCUCCCCUUUUGUUUGAUUUCGAGAACAAAACAUUUUGAAUUAU